AUUAAAUUUUGAAGUUUCUAAAAAAUCCAAAAUUAACCUCUAGAAUUUUUAGAACCAAAUUUGAAACACCAAGGGAGAAACAAAAAUGGAAAAUUGACAUGUGAAUAGUGUCAUUUGUGGUUUUAUCUUUUUUUUUACACUAUUCAUGUUGGAUUUGUCAAUUUUGUGCGUGUGUUUCGAAUAUUAUUAUGAAAAUUUCAGGGGUUGUAAACACACGUCUGGUUAACACUCACAAUUAUUUUCAUAUUAUUUAGAAACUUGAUUUUGAGCGGUAAUAUGGUAUCAUAUGUUCCUUCUAUCUGCCAUUCGGACCUUCUGAGUUUUCCUUGCACAAAUCUCAAUAUUGAGAGCAGACGACUCCAGUCGAUGACUUGGAAAUUUGUUACAUUUGUCAGUUAGUCGGAGGAUAACAGAACCAUACACCGUGUCAGUACCCAAAACUCUUCCAUUUCUCAAGAUUUCACUUGCUUUGGCACUACCAUCGAGCGUCGCUUCCACACUUUCCUUCAGUGUGUUCAGAAUCGUUCAGAUCGGACUUGACAUGCUUUUGGCCACCUGGUAUGCCUAGAAACGCACACGUACCUCCGCCUCUCCUACAUGACAGCGCGCCACGUACCCCGCCAUACGCGACGUGUCACGGCGGCCUGCGAAUCCGGCUGCAUGCAGUGAAGCUUCUCGGUCGCCCUUCUCCUCAUCUCAUCUCGUGCAAGCACACGCUCGGCAGCAAUCGCCAUUCGCAACACAGAAGUGGAGCAGAGGAGCCCUGAGAGGAAUCAAGGAAGGAAGGAAGGAAGGAGCAGGUGGGUGCCAUCGAUCAUGGAGAUGCUGAGCAUGCUGAAGGUGGGGUACACGGUGCUGCGCAGCGAGACGCCGGCGACGGACCUUGUCAACACCUUCAUGGACUGGGCGGCGCGCCGGUCGCUCCUCCUGCUGGCGGUCUUCAUGCCCCCCUACUACGUCUACAAACUCACCUCCUCGGCGCUCGCCACCGUCGCACCGGAGGACGUCGCCGGCAAGGUCGUGCUCAUCACCGGCGCAUCCUCCGGCAUCGGCGAGCAAAUAGCAUACCAGUACGCGAAGAAGGGGGCGAGGCUGGCCCUGGUGGCGAGGAGGGAGGGGAGCCUGAACGAGGUCGCCGCGAAGGCCAUGGAUCUCGGCUCGCCGGACGUGCUCGUCGUUCCGGGUGACGUCGCGAGGCCGGAGGAUUGCAAGGCGUUCGUCCAGGCCACGGUUGAGCGCUUUGGCCGACUGGAUCAUCUUGUCAACAAUGCCGGUUUGGCCAAUGUAUGCUGGUUCGAGGAAGUGCCCAAUGUCGCCGAUCUCAAGCAAGUCUUGGAUGUGAACUUCUGGGGCACCGUGCAUCCAACGCACGCUGCUCUCCCGCACCUGAAGAAUAGCGGCGGGAAGAUCUUCGUCAAUUCUUCGGCAGCGGCGAUGCUAGCAAUGCCAAGAAUGAGCUUCUACAAUGCUAGCAAGGCUGCUGUGCUGAACUUCGCCGAGACACUGCGGAUGGAGCUUGGCGGCGAGGUCGGCGUCACGGUGGCGACUCCCGGGUGGAUCGAGUCGGAGAUGACCAAGGGGAAGCACCUCUCCAGGGAAGGGAGGAUGGAGGUCGAUCAAGACACUAGAGAUGCUCAGGUUGGGCUGCUCCCGGUGGUCCGCGCCGAGCGGUGCGCCGAGGCCAUCGUCGACGCCGUCUGCCGCGGCCGGCGCAGCGUCACCGUGCCGGUGUGGUACCGGGCGCUGUUCCUCUGGCGGGCGUUCGCGCCGGAGGUUGGCGACAUGUUCCAGCGCGUGUUCUACCGCCGCACCGCCGGCGACGGGGGCAGCCAGAUGAGGGCGAGGUCGGUCACGGAGCUCACCGGCGCCAAGCGCGUGCUGCAGCCGCCGUCGCUGUACACCUCGGAGAUCAAACGGGAGUAGAUGCUAGGUGAUGCUAACAGUCUUUGGUGCUGCUGUAACGGAAACAGAAUAAAAUGGUAGUGUAAGAGCAUGUCUAACA